AUGAAUUAUUCGUAUAAUUAUGAAUAUGGUGAGGAUCCAACAGAAAGCGCUCCAUCUGCUGGUUUUGCAACUGGUCAACAACAUCAUAGACGUACAGCUGCGGGUCAAAAUGAGUUAGAAGAAGGUUCCAGUCAUCAACAACACCACCACCAUCGAAAACAAAAUCCAAAUACUCAACCAUUUACUCAUCAAUAUGCUAAACCUAGAAAAGAUUUAUUUGUUGAUUUUGAAAAAAAACCAGUACCAUUUUUUAUACAACAUGAUGAACCAAAUAGAAGUAAAUAUCAAAGAUUAAUUAUUAAACAUGGUGGUUAUUUAGCUGAAGGAGGUGUUGAAAAUUUAGUUUAUUUAUCAAGUAGAGAACAUAUGGGAGGUUUUAUAAGAUUAAAUUAUAUUGAUGAAUGUAUAAAACAUGGUCAUUUAUUAAGUACUCAAGAUUAUAUAAUUCCUUCAUUAACUGAAGAUGCUGAACCAAUGAUUGAUGUCUUGGGGUUAGGUCAUAAUGAUAAUCAAAAUAAUUCAAAUGGUUUAAAUCAAUAUAUUAAUGAACAACAACAACAAGUUCAUGAACAACAUCAACAAGCUCAUGAGCAAGCCCAACAGCAACAACAACAAGCUCAAAAUCAUCAACAACAACAGGAAGAACAAGAGCAAUCUCCACCACCAAAAUUAGAGCCACCUGAACCAAGACCUUCACCAAAAAGAAGAACAGGAGCUCAAAAUAGAUUUACACCAGAAAAAGAUGAAUAUAUCUUAGAACAAGUUCGUAAAAAUCCAAAAUUAAGAACAUCUCAUGAAUUUUUUAAAAAAUUAGCAACAACAGAAAUGUUAAAUACUCAUACUGGUCCAUCAAUAAGAAGUCGUUAUCGUACAUAUUUAGAAAAAGAUUUAAAUUUUGUUUAUAAAACAGAUGAUAGAAAUAGAUUAAUUAAAGAUUCAAAUGGUGAAUUAAUUAAAGUUGAUUUAGAUCAAUUACCAGAAACUUUAAGAAAUAAAUAUACACCAGAAGAUGAUUUAGCAUUAUGUAUUGAAUCUGAAAAAUGGAGUAUUGAAAAUGCGGAAAAACAAAAUAUAAAAUUUGAUCCAUAUCCCAAAAAGUCAUUACCAUAUUCAUUUUUUAGUCAAAUGUAUAGAAAAUAUCCAAGACAUACAUUAAGUUCAUGGAGAGAUAGAUAUAGAUAUUUUAUAAGUGAUGGUACAAUACCUGAAUACAAGAAAUAUUAUGAAGAAUGUAAAAAAUCAGGUGAAAAACCAAAAUGUUUGAAAAGAAUUCCUCAACAUUUAAUUAAAUUUAAUGAAAAUAUUGAAGAAUUGAAAAAAGAUGUUAUUUCAAGAGAAAGUAGAUCAGCAGAUAGAAUUGCAAAAGAUCAAGAAGAAAAUGUAAAACAACAACCACAAUCACCACAAAAACAAAAACAACAAACUCCACAAACUGAAAGUAGUAUAGAUGAAGAUAUUUUAUUUGUUCAAGAAGCUGAAGGUAAAGCUAAACUUGAUAUUGCAAAAGCUGAAAAACAAGAUUUAUUGAAAAAGGAUCAAGAAAUUCAAGAAGAAUCUGAAUCUGCUUUAGAUGAAGAAAUUGGUGAAUUAAAAAGUUCAAAUAUUGAUGAUGCUUUAGGUAAACAAGAACAAGAACAAGAAGAACAAGAAGAACAGGAAGAACAAGAAGAACAGGAAGAACAAGAAGAACAGGAAGAACAAGAACAAUACCAAGAAGAACCAGAACAAGAAGCAGGACCAGAAGUAGAACCACAAGAAGAACAACAACAACAAGAUGAACAUAUUACGGAAGAUCAUAUUGAAGUCCCUAAAUUAAAUAUGAUUGAUCCAUUUGAAGAUGAUGAAUAUGAAGAUGAUGCAGGUUUAGAUCUUGAUGAUAUUUCAUCACCACCAAAAAAGAAAAGAAAAAUUGAUGAAUCAAUUGAAGAUGAAAUUAUUGAUUCUAGUGGUAAAUCUAUUGAAGUAGAAGUUGAAAUAAAUGAACAAAAUGUGGAAGAAGAAGAAAAUGAAGAUGAUGAUGAUGGGCUUAGUAGUGAUGAUAAUGAAGAUCAAUUUUUCACAGCUCCUAAAAGUGGAACUCAAAAUCAAAAUUUAGCAAGUAGUUUAGAAAAACAAGAUGAUGAAAUUGAAAAUGAACUUGAACAAGAAGAAGUAGAAAAACAAGAAGAAAAAUUACAAGAUCAAAUACCAUCUCAAAUUCAACCACAAAUUCAACUGCAAACUCAACCACCGUCAGAUUUAACAACAACUUCAUCAUCAUCAGCACCAAUAAUAUUAAAAUAUUUAGAUCCAAAAACAAAAUUAAAUGAUACAAUAAAUGCAAAAGCAUUUUUUGAUUUUGCAGAUAUGCCAGAUCCAAAAGGAAUUUUAGAUAAACUUUUAUUAAUUCAAAAUUCUGAAGAUGGAGAAGAUAUUAAAACUAUUUAUGUAAUUUUAAAUCGUUUAGGUUUGAAUGAUAAUUUUAUAAGUCAUAUAAUUUAUUCAUGUUCUGCAGAAAUUGAAACUAUGAUAAAUUAUAUUAUAAAUUUUAUACAAAUUUUACAAGAAGCAGUAUUAAUUGAAGAACAACAAGAAGAAGAAAAUGAUAUUGAAAUUGAUUGGGAUGAAAAAUUUAUUGAUCCUUAUUUACCAAAACUGAAUAUUUUGGGAUUGUGGAAUUUACAAUUAGAUAAAAUUUUAAAUUCAAAACAAGAAAAAAGAUUAUUAAAAUUUAAAAGUUUUGAUGAAAUUGAAAAUAGAAAAAAAUUUAUUUUAUCUUGUUUAGAUGAUGUUGAUGAAAAUAGUAAUAAUUAA